GCGGGUAGCUGGUCUGUGUCAAACAGAAGCUUAAAGCGCGAAAUUGUUAUGAUCAUAUUUUGUAGCUCCAUUCGUUCUGCCGACUAUCACUGCAUAAUUAUUUUAAUGGACUUUUAAUGGAGCUUAAGUGUAAGAGUCAGUUAGUAUUUUAAACAGACAGAUUUUUUCAAAGCGUAGUGAACUGUAGCAUGUAGCACAUAGCAUAUGCGUUAGCUUGAUAGAUAGAAGCGUUAUGUUGCUUCUAAAAUAAACACAAAGUUCGUCUUGUCUGCUUCUCUAUAAAAUGGACCGGCCAGCAAGGAAUAGAAAAACCAUUAAUUAUUCGGAUUUCCUGGAUGAUGAUGAGGAAGAUUUUGCCACAGUGAAGGGUCCUCCAAAUAAAAAAGCUCGGGCGUCUGUUCAGGAGCCUCAUAAUGAAAAUAAGAGGGAAACUCCAAGUAACUCUCCAAAAGAAAUGGAUGCUAUAACUGGGAAAGGAUCCAAAGAGAGAGUGUCUUUGGAUGAAAAACUAUAUAAAAGAGAUUUGGAAGCAGCACUGAGUCUCUCUCUGCAGCAGAGUGUGGAAAAAGUGGAGGAACCACUUACUAAUGCUCUAGAAGAUGAAACAUGUCAACCUCCUGUGCUGACACACUGCAGCAUGGAUGGCAGUUGCGUAGAAGACGAUACAUCUCCAAACCACCUCCUCCCUCGAGAUUCACCUCCUGUGUUGUCAAACUGCAGUGUGGAUGUCAGCUGCUUAGGUUUAGAUCAGAUCACUAGUGAGCAGACCCCCUCCAGACAGACAAAGACCUCAAAAACCAGACAGCCUCAGGAACGGAUGUUGCAGGACGAGAACGACAGCGCAGGGGAUGAAGACUACAAACCUCAAAACACACCCGAGAGUGACGCAGAUUUCAGUGACGAGAGUGAGGAUGAAGAAUUCACAGUAAAGAGAAAAGGAGAGAAAAAGAAAACAAGCAGGAAUGAGAAAAAGACAGCCCCAAAGGCAGCCAAGAAAGAGAGGAACACACCAAAAUUACCCAAAGCUACACAGAAGUCUGCAGGUUUAGAUCAGAUCAUUAGUGAGCAGACCCCCUCCAGACAGACAAAGACCUCAAAAACCAGACAGCCUCAGGAACGGAUGUUGCAGGACGAGAACGACAGCGCAGGGGAUGAAGACUACAAACCUCAAAACACACCCGAGAGUGACGCAGAUUUCAGUGAUUCUGACGAGAGUGAGGAUGAAGAAUUCACAGUAAAGAGAAAAGGAGAGAAAAAGAAAACAAGCAGGAAUGAGAAAAAGACAGCCCCAAAGGCAGCCAAGAAAGAGAGGAACACACCAAAAUUACCCAAAGCUACACAGAAGUCUGCAGUUAGUAAGACAGCACUCAGCAGGAGUCCAGGUGUUGCUCAGUCUGUGCCUGCACAGAAGAGGAGUCCCAUCACUCUUCCUAUGGCUAAGCAUGCACUCUGCUCCAGUCCUGCAGGUGGCAGACUUCCAAAGUGGAAUCCUCCUGGUCUGAUGGGAAAUAGCCCUACCUCGCAUCAAAGUGCGCCCGUGAAAUCUCCUGGAUUGGGUCUGCGUUUAGGACUGUCCCGUUUGGCUCGAGUCAAACCUCUGCACCCUAAUGCUGCAGCGCAUUGAGUUGACUUUGUAAAUUAUUUGCUAUGUCUUGUACAAAUAGUAUGGCUGAUGUCUGUGUUUCUGAUGUCAAAGCAUUUUUGACAGCAUCAUACUGGUAACUUUGUUUAAUUCUUUCAAUUAAUUAUCUUUUGUGUUCUUUUUAAUUGAAAGAUUUUGUCUAUUUGACAUGUAUGACACUUUAUCAUUUUUAUAAUUUAUAAUGUCUUUAUGUGUGGUGCAUUUCCUCCGAUCUUGUAUACACAGUGAUAUGCAAUAAAAAUAAAUGAUUUUUAGCAUUACACAUUCAUUUA